CGCUUUGUCCUUGUGUUCUGUCUCCAAUCUCGGGUCACUUAUCGAGAAAAAUCGAACUAGUUGAAUCGCCGAGCACUGUGCGUCUGCCGUGGAACGAUGUGAGCACGGCGGGUUCUUCCAUUUCCAGUUGGAACAGUAUGGACUCAAGGGGUGCCCAGGGGAGAGCGACCAGCGGUCGAAGGACCACACGACCUUGCGAUGCCUGCAGACGCAGGAAAUCGAAAUGCAUGACCAAGGAGUCAGCCGAUGUAUGCACUAUGUGUGAGAUGCGCGAGACGCCUUGCACCUACAACGAGCAACGACCUGCUCGAUUACCAACUUCGAGACAACACCCAGAUGCCGGCUCGGACACACAGCGCUACCCUCUCUUGAAUGGACAGCUCCUGGAGCCGCUCAGCUCCCUGUCCCCAAUAUCAGGGUCUCUGUCGAGCUACGUAUCUCUCCAACAACCCCAAGAACGACCGAAUCAAGUCUUUCCAGGGCCGGGAGCUGCCUCUGUCCCCGAGACAUCCCUGCUGACAAUUCCGGCCGACACUCCUGGGCAGGAGGCCAUCGAGAAGACCCUAGGAUCAGACUCAGAGCGCUUUGCUGAGCUCUAUGGCCUCACAAGCGAUAUGGAGCCGAUACUAAUGCGUCAUCGGCCCUAUGAUGUAGUGACGCACGAGUAUCAAUUACCUACCCAUAGCAUCCGCAAAGUACAAGACCAGGAUAAUGGUGUGAAGUAUCCGGUCGUCUUUCACAUGGUCUCUGAUACCAUGGCAAUCGGCUUCCGUCAUGAUUCUGGUGAAUCCGAUGCCGUGGAGGCCAUCGUCCAUCCGCAUGGCCCACGACUCGUACGGCUAUUCUUCAGAACGGUCCAGCCAUCAUUACCGAUCAUAUGGAAACAAGGAUUCUUGGAGAGUUAUCGCCAGUCAUACCGAAACAUUGCUGCCUGUCUGCUUGGAGCUAUCUACUUGAACGCGAUCAAGUGGUGGGACUACGAUCCCCUGCUCGCGCCCACACCACGACCGGAUGCUGUCAGCCUGCUGGAAUCGACGAUUUCUCUUGUCCAAAAUGAAUACCAUCGGCCUCGACUUUCCUCGAUCCAGUCCAUGCUCCUCCUGCUGCAGUGUAAGCCGGAAGCUCCCCUGACGUCGGAUCACACCUUCUCCCGAGGCCUCACCUCACAGAUGCUUGCUAUUGGAGAAGCCAUUGGCCUUCAUCUCGACGCUUCAGAAUGGCUGAUUCCAGGCUGGGAACGUGCCCUCAGGAAGCGCUUGUCAUGGGCCGUCUACAUGCAAGAGAAGUGGACGGCAUUGGCAUAUGGAAGGCCGUCCCAUAUUCACGAUGACAAUUGGGACGUCAGAGAUUUGGUCGAGUCGGAUUUUUACGACUGUUCUGAGACGUUGCAGCCGGGAGCCGAUGACUUCAUGGCAUCGUCUACGCCGGUCGGCACGAUUCAAUUCCAGCUCAUGGUCAGACUCAGCAAGCUUUUGAGUGGCGUCUUGGAAACGUUCUUCACGGCCAAGGGAAGCCAAGAUCAAGAUACGGCUGCACUUUUGAAAGCUGCGCAACCCUUGCUCGAUCAGCUCACCCUGUGGCACGCGGAUCUGGUCCAAUAUCUCCCCGCUGCUCCCUAUCAAUCGAGGCAGUUACAUUCACAAGGUUUUGUCCAUCUUUCGUACUAUGGGGUCAUGAUCAAUAUCCUGAGACGAUUGGUGAGAUCGACCGCCCUUGCCCCCUUGUGCUUGGACCACGACGUACUCUCGCGUAUUCGGCACCUGGCUUGGCAGACGGCCGAAAAUGCCAACACGUUUGUGACAUCGUUGCGAAUCGACCAGCUUGAAGGUUUCUGGUAUUUCCCAUCACCGUAUCUCUUUUCCCUCAUUGGAUCCUUCAACACCCAGUUGAUGGUGACUUCGGUCUCGUUGUCGGAGCGCAACCACUGGCGCGAAAACUUGACGUCGCUUCUCUGGGCAUUCCGACUCCUCGGCAAGGCGAAUGCGCACCUUCGCUAUGCUGUUGAGCGGUUGGAAGGAGGGGUCAUCCGGGGCAUGGAACACGCCCUCGCCGUCAACAUUGAUCCGUCCACUCUAGAUUCCAAUGUCAUAAGCCCUGGAAAACCGGACCGACACCAACAACAGCCGGCACCACAACAGCAGCAGCAGCAAGGAGAGCUUUUGUCGGCAUCAUCUGGCCUGAUGAACACAAGCAACACUAUUGAUUUCGCCGACAUCUCCCAGUGGGAUCUCUCAGGCGCUGGUCUGGAGGCUUUUGACUGGUUGAGCGGGUUGGAGCUACAGGGGCUGGAAAGAUAG